GUGCUCGUCGAACCUUUGACGAAUUCUUGGAUAAAGUUCGAUUCUAGCAUCGGUUGUAUGAAUUUAAAAUGAAUACUACUACUACUACUACUUAUUGUUUUGUGUUGCCAAAUAAAUAAAUGUUUUCUUCAGUUUAGUGUUUCAGAUGUCUAGGUACAUUUUCAAUUAAUCACUUUGAUCUAUAAAAAGCCCACUCUCACACUUCAUCUUCCACUUCAAAAUUCAAUUUUUAUUUAAGAUUCUCUCAUUCUCCUCCAUUAGAGUAAGUAAAAGCUUAAAGCUUCGCUAUUUUGUGAUUCCCUCCUUCAUUGUCUUCCAUGUCUACCGUCUUCCCCAAAUCAACCUCUUUCAUCUCUCAACCACUCACCAAACCCCACAAAUCCGAUUCAAUCACCACAUCAGUUUCAUUCCCUUCGAAUUCAAGAAACCGUAGCCUAAGAACGUCACGCGUACGAGCUGGUCUAAUCGAGCCAGAUGGUGGGAAGCUCGUGGAUCUUGUCGUAUCAGAGCCGCGACGGCGAGAGAAGAAACACGAAGCGGCGGGUUUGCCGAGAGUGAGAUUGACGGAGAUUGAUCUACAGUGGAUGCACGUAUUGAGUGAAGGUUGGGCAAGUCCGCUUCGAGGGUUUAUGAGGGAAUCAGAGUUCCUCCAAACCCUUCAUUUCAAUUUUCUCAAUCUCGAUGAUGGAUCCGUCGUUAACAUGUCUGUGCCUAUUGUUCUUGCUAUUGAUGAUGACCAGAAAGCUCUGAUUGGUGAAUCGAAACGAGUCUCUCUUGUUGAUUCUGAUGAUAACCCUAUCGCUAUCCUCAACGAUAUUGAGAUUUAUAAACAUCCGAAAGAAGAACGGAUAGCGAGAACUUGGGGUACCACUGCGCCGGGUUUGCCUUAUGUAGAAGAGGCGGUAACCAAUGCUGGGAACUGGCUCAUUGGUGGUGAUCUUGAGGUUUUGGAACCUGUUAAGUACAAUGAUGGGCUUGACCGUUUCAGGCUUUCGCCGUUGGAACUGCGUAAUGAGCUAGAGAAACGUGGCGCGGAUGCUGUGUUUGCGUUUCAGCUUAGGAACCCGGUUCAUAACGGACAUGCUCUUCUUAUGACUGAUACUCGUAGGAGACUUCUUGAGAUGGGUUACAAAAACCCUAUUCUUUUGUUACAUCCGUUGGGAGGGUUUACAAAAGCGGAUGAUGUUCCUCUCAGCUGGCGAAUGAAACAGCACGAGAAGGUGCUAGAGGACGGUGUUCUUGAUCCAGAGACGACUGUGGUGUCUAUAUUCCCAUCUCCAAUGCUUUAUGCUGGUCCAACCGAAGUGCAGUGGCACGCAAAGGCUAGGAUCAAUGCUGGUGCUAACUUCUACAUUGUGGGUAGAGAUCCGGCUGGAAUGGGUCACCCUGUGGAGAAACGUGACCUGUAUGAUGCUGAUCACGGGAAGAAAGUACUAAGCAUGGCUCCUGGACUCGAACGACUCAACAUUCUUCCUUUCAGGGUUGCUGCAUACGAUAAGACACAAGGCAAGAUGGCUUUCUUUGAUCCCUCGAGAGCUCAGGAUUUCUUGUUCAUUUCUGGCACGAAGAUGAGAGCAUUGGCAAAGAACAGAGAAAACCCUCCUGAUGGAUUUAUGUGCCCUGGAGGCUGGAAAGUGCUUGUGGAUUACUAUGACAGUUUGACUCUUACCGGAAAUACCAGACUCCCAGAGAAGAUUCCGGUCUAAGACAGACUAAACACAUUCUUUUUUUUGUAUGUUUUGUUUUAGAAAAGUAAUAACAUUAUAGUUUCUUUAAGAUCUCAAAAUAAUGAUUAGUCAUGGUAAUAAGAUUUGGAAAAGUUUAUAUGAACAAUGGUGUUGAAAUUUUGAGAUAUACCGA